UCAUGACUGAUGCAGUCUGAGUAAUACCGUCGGGGAGAGCUCACGUCGUUUCAAAGUAAAAAGCUUGUAGUUCACGAGCUUUGUCUGAUUUUAAAUUAUGUGCCGCCUAUUUUAAUACACCAUUUUGUCCUGUGCCCGUUUCUGAACAAUUACGUGUGGUUUUGUGUUUCAUGUAUUUUUAUUUAUUAACUUUUCAGUUACUUAGUGGUUAUUAACGGUUUUUGUUUGUGUAUAUAUUAAACUAAGUUCGUGAUAGUGUUUACAUAGAUUUACGGGAUGUGCUUGAUCUAUUAGGAUCUCGAUUUAAUUUAAGAAGUGGCUUGGCGCGGCGUGAACGGCGGGCCGCGCCAUGGGUAACAAGUGCUGCAGCCGCCGUCAUGACCCCGAAAGACCACUCGUGUACCCAGCGUACAAGAACGAGGCGGGCUUCACGACUUGCCCGACGUCGUUGGAGACGCGAUACACCAGCGAGCCAAACACGCGAGUGCUGACACGGCCGCCGGCUGACAUCGUCAGGACCAGAAACCCUGGAAAAUGCAUGACGAACGGCGGCAGACGGGUCGUAAAGGCCCUGUGCGCGUACACAGCCCGCGCGGAUUCCGACAUAUCGUUCCGCAAGGGCGAUCGUAUGGAGGUGCUCAAUGACGCGGAACCGGACUGGUGGCGGGUGCUCCAUCUCACCACCAGGAGGGAGGGGCUCGUGCCCGUCAACUUCGUGGCCGAGGAGAGCUCGGUAGAGUGCGAAGAUUGGUUUUUCCCCCACGUCUCGAGGAAGGAGGCUGAUAAGCUGCUCCUCGCGGAGACCAACCCUCGGGGCACGUUCCUCGUGCGGCCGGCGGAGCACAACCCCCACGGGUUCAGCCUCAGCGUCAAGGAUUGGGAGGAGGGAAGAGGGUACCACGUCAAGCAUUAUAAAAUCAAGCCUCUGGACAAUGGUGGAUUCUACAUCGCGACUAAUCAGACGUUUCCGAGUUUGCCGGCUCUCGUCAUGUCGUACACAAAAAAUGCGUUAGGCCUGUGUCACGUGUUGGCGCGGCCGUGUCCGAAACCCGAGCCGCAGAUGUGGGACCUCGGGCCGGAGCUCCGGGACAAAUGGGAGAUACCCAGGACGGAGAUACAACUGAUCAGGAAGCUGGGACAGGGCAACUUCGGCGAAGUUUAUUAUGGGAAAUGGAGGAAUAAUAUUGAAGUUGCAGUAAAAACGUUAAGAGAAGGCACGAUGUCAACGCAGGCAUUCCUUCAGGAGGCGGCCAUCAUGAAGAAGUUCCGACACAAGCGUCUCGUCGCUCUCUACGCAGUGUGUUCGCAACAGGAGCCCGUCUACAUCGUGCAAGAAUACAUGACCAAAGGCUCUCUACUGGAAUUCCUCAGGAACGGCGAGGGGAAGUUCCUACAGUUCGAGGAUUUAGUCUACAUCGCCGCACAAGUCGCGUCCGGCAUGGAAUACUUAGAAUCAAAAAUGUUAAUACACAGAGACCUAGCAGCUAGAAACGUAUUAAUAGGUGAAAAUAACGUAGCGAAAAUAUGUGAUUUUGGACUAGCAAGGGUGAUAGAAGACAACGAAUAUUGUCCGAAACAGGGAUCAAGGUUUCCCGUGAAGUGGACCGCGCCCGAGGCCAUUAUAUACGGACGAUUCUCUAUAAAAAGCGACGUUUGGUCAUACGGUAUAUUACUCAUGGAACUGUUUACGUAUGGACAAAUACCGUACCCAGGUUUGCACGGAAAAGACGUAAUAGAACAAGUGGAGAGGGGAUAUAGAAUGCCGAAACCGGUCGGCCAUUACCUGCCCGACGACAUCUACAGACUAAUGUUGCAAUGUUGGGACUCGAUACCAGAAAAACGGCCUACGUUUGAAUUCCUGAACCACUAUUUCGAAUCGUUUACGGUGACCAGUGAAAUACCUUACAGAGAAGUGCAAGACUAGUGCUGUGAUAUAGUGAAAUAAUGUGCAGCGAGACGUUUGUUAGGUCCUCUUAGCGAAUGAGCGGGGCCGCGGUGUGUGGACGCGUAUUGCCAACAGCGAAACGCCAAUGUUUGAUCAAAGAGACUAUUCGAUGCCGAUGGUCAAAUUGUGCAUUUCCGAAGCUGUUGGUUACAAACAUACUGAUUUCGUCCAAUAAAUUAAACUCACGGUAUAUUUUCGAUGUUCAGUUAAACGCGUCCGCACACAACAGACCGCUCCAUUGUUUUAGUAUUUUUAUACUCAAAACAUUAUUUAUAAAACAAUACAGGAAUGUGUGAGCUUCUUUUUUAUUGGUCGAAGGCUUUUCACAUCUUGUUUGUCGUUGUUGAACAUUGGUAUGACUACUUAGCUUGAGCUAAGGCCACGUACGCGUAAGUCCAUUAAAUAUAUAUCUAAGUAUUUAUAGUGUCGUGCAAAUACUUUCUAUAUUAUUUAUGUAGCUUAUAAGCACGGUAGGAUAUUCGUUUGCGUUAUUGUACAAACUCGUUCAAUAUUAAGCAAUAAAGUUGAAACGAAAAUAUAUCCUGAUAUUUUCAUAUUCUAAAGCGAUAUGUGAUAUACCUGUCACUAGGGUCCCGGAUCUGAUGACGUCACUGAACCAUAGACUAAAAAUUGUGUAGUAUUUUUUCUUAUAUUGCAUACAAAUUAUAUUUGACUCCUGUAACUGGCAACACUGCGAGGCUCCUUUGUUAUAAAUAUCGAUACUAUUCAGUGCCGUUUUACCAAUACAUGAUUUUGGACACUUAGCGAUAAAAAAUACUCACAAAUUGUCCAAAAUUCCGUUUAAAACUCCAUUGGACAGUAUAUAGCCACGCCAUAUUGUUAAAACACACAGUCCUGAACAUAAUCGUUUUGCUCACAAUGCUCAAUAUAAAGUAAGCUCCAAAUAUCACGCAAAGGAGCCAUAAACUUGUAUAAAAGACAAAAACCUAACGUAAGGGGCAUAUACCAAAGAGUUCUUUGUACAUUAAGAGCGAAAUAGGCUUAGGAAUGAGCGUAUUUAAUUUCUAGCCUAGUUAGUUAGAAUUUGUGACCUGUAUAUUGAAUUAAUUUGACCAAUAUCCCCAUUUAUUAUACGAAUAAUUGUAACACGAAAAUUCUAAAAAAAUAUAAAUUGUUAUUUAUAAUUGAAUUUUAACGACUGACACCGAUUUGCUGUUGACAAAUUUUAAUGAUAAUUUCCGACGCCUAAUAAUUAAAAACUGUGCUUUAACCACUUAAUCGUUUCGUCAUUAUAGAAAAUGUAAAUCCAUGGAAAAUAGUGUCUUAAAUAACAUUCCAAAUAUUCGAACACAAUUAAAUUUGGACACUUUUGUAUGAAAAUGAUUAGAUUUGUAAGAUUUUGUACAUACAAUGAAAUAAAUGUCAUUGAUAUAA